UGUACCCCGCACGCCUGUUGACAGUUUGUUGGCGGAUAAGCCUUCGCACCAUUCCGUGAAUCUUGCAUAUCUGCCUUGAUUUCCUUGCGCCUCAGUCUCAUCCAAAAUCUGGUGCCACAUCGACAGUGGGGAAAAUACUGAAAGGAAUAAUCGAGCAGAUUGUGCCCAGUGAUGAUUGUUGACGACAUCCGCGUGGAUUUAAAAUCAUUAAACGUUUGACGGGUCGAUUUAAAUCCACAAGUUGAUGGGGGACUCACGUCGAUCAGCUGUUUUAAAAUAGUCACAUUAUCUCUAACACAACGGGAUUGAAGUUAACAUCAGAGUGAGCAUUGGCGAUUAAUAGUGAUAAAUUGUGGAUAAACGAGUACUCAAUGACAGUGAGAUACAGGUAAACAGAUGGAGCCGAUAUGUGCGCAAUGUAAAUUUAUUGGAACGGCUGAAUUGAGAACCCCGACGUUGUGUUGAGGAUCGCGCGAGAAGCCAGUGAUGCAGUGCCGUAGUGUCAGUGCCAAGUGCCUUGUGCCAAACGUUUGGAUUACUUGAAGAAGGGAAAUGCCGUCCUCCGGUGGUUAUUAUGAUGAUAGGAACCCGCUCCUCAAGGGCACAUUAUCGAGCGUGGACCGGGACCGGCUUCGAGAGCGUGAGCGUCAGGCACGCGCGGCGAUGUCGGUCCAGGCAGAGCAGGCGGCGGCGGGCGGUGGUCCGGACUCCCGCCACGGCCACCACAACCACGGCCACCAUCAUCAUCACGCCAAUUCCCACGCAUCCUCUGCCUCCUCGCUCUUCCGUGCCCCCGUCAAGGUUAAUCCUGACGCGCAAGAUCGUGCCACCCAGCAGAUCCAGUCAAAAUUGGGCAAUUACUCGCGCGUGAAGCACCUACUGGUCGAGCCUCAGAUGCUCUUCGGUGUUGUUGAUGUACCACCGAGUCCAGCGCCAGCAUCAGGUGCACCACCGCGAUUACAAAGUAGAAAUAAUUGUCCAAAUUCACCGUCAACCCAGGAAUUCAAGAAACCCGGUUGCAAUGGUCCACGGGGUGCAUCAUCAACCAGUCACACAUCACAAAGAGGUGGUUUUGUUAAACCAGCUGAUGGUAAGCCACCCUAUGGUGGACGCGGUGGUUAUCCAGGCCAACCAGUUAAACAUGGUGGUAAUAGCAAUGAUCACAGAAGCCACGGUAUUAUACCAGCAAAGGGACCACCACUUGGGACUGGUGGCAAUUCAGCCGGAAACAGCUCUGGCCCUGCCUCUUCCGGUAACUGUCCUCCUUUGACUGGUAACACGAGAAUUCACGCUGCUGGAUCCAGGCCUGCCAAGCUGCCCAUUGAUAAUGGAAUGAGACACGAUCUCAAUGAUAGUGCCGACCUCGAGAAUAUUCUCAAGGAAAUGACGAUGCCGCCCACACCUCUGACGGCAAUCGCACAGACUCCCAGGAAAGAAACCGAGUCUAAGUUUACAUUUAAUCCGGUUCUUGCUAAGCUGACUGAAGUGCCACCAACGGACUCUUCCAAACCACCACAACGCGAGAGACAUGGGAGCAGAUUGUCUUCUGAUCUGGCACGUGAUUUAAGCCUCUCCGAGGACAGCGACGACGAUGGUCUCAAGCAGGGUACGACAUCAAGGUCACAAAGGCCCAGAUCUCCCGUGCCAAGUAUCGACUUGUCAUCAGCACUCCUCCCCCCAAUGAUGCCAGCGCCUCUUCCCCUGGCGCCAGUGGAGACAUCCUCAAUGGAGAUGUCUCCACUGGGUCCCCUGUUGCUCCCUCGUCCCCUAUCGCCGCCAAGAGCGACUCCCCCAAAACAAUUAUCACCGGAGCGUGUGCUGUCACCACUAGCCUCAUCCCCUCGAAAGCACUCUCAGAGUCCUGGUGUCCAGUUGCGACCCCCAAGUCCACCUGGCCACGCACCCCAGAGCUCUGGAUCAGCCUCGUCGAGUUCUGACUCGGGUUCAGACUCCGGAUCAGACAGUAGUGAUGAUUCUGAAGACGAGAGUGCACCGGUGCCAGCUAAAGGUCCUAGUACACCUCCACCAGCAUCGCCAAGGGCACCACUGGAGGAGCCACCAGCUGAGGAAUCCAAGCCCCGUUGGAACCUGAGCAGCUUCCUUGACCAGAAGGCAGUGCAAUCCGACCAGAAUUCCGAGAACAAAUCCUCCCAGGACGCGCCGGGACGGGACAGUUCACCGGAGGAAGUGCCAAAGGACUCGAGGACAAGUAGAUCAGAUGGCGAUGACGACUGGCAGGAGAACGAGGCGAUAAAGAGAACAAGAAGUUCAACCCUAGCAGCCUUGAGCGACAGCGAUCACACCUCCGAUACAGACAAGAAGAAGAUCGAAGAGCCCAGAGUGCUGAUACCGGAGAAACCGAAACCCCCAGAUGUGCGUAAACGUGGACGACCGAGAAAAUCGGUCAAAGAGUCUGUCAAGAGUCCAAAGAGCCACAGAACGAUUACCGAGGAGACUAAACCGAGCUCAAAGCGCAACAGGCAGCGGAGUGUCAGUAGUCCCAAGAAGAAGCCACCAGUGACCAAAGCCACUGUCGAAAGCAGCGAGGACGAAGCCAGUGAUGUCAGAUCAAGUGACUCCGAAUGCGACCAGAGGAUUCCUCCACCAGCCGCACUCCCGGAGAAGCGUAAAUCCCGACUGAGUUUAUCAUCAAGUGAAGAUGAGAGACCAACAAAGCACAGUGCCUCUGAGGACGAAUCCGACUGGAGAAGACUUCCCACAAAGCGUUCAAAAUUGAUGGACUCACCAAAGAAACAGGAGAAGAAGAAGAGUCCAACGAAGGGGAAGCCUCGACGUCCCCGAUCUCGUGUGACAAACACCUCAGGUUGUGCGAGUGAUUCGGACAGUGAAUCUGAAACAGCUCAUCGAAACAAUAGGCAAAUAGCGAGGGUACCACCGCGUCCACGAGUCCCCCCAACACGUGCAACAUCGCUUGAUAAUUCUGACAGUGACAACAGCUCAGCGCCAAAACUCCAGGAGGAGGACGGUGGUAAUGUACAAGACAAGAAGAAGAGUGACACAUUGAGAAAGCUCUUUUCAACGGCCAAGGGUGGUGCAAAGGGCGGUGGUAAGGGUGGUAAAGGUGGCAAGGGUGGUGGUAAAUGUGGUAUUUACGUUGAAGAGUACACAGGCUCAGCAAACACACCAACGGGCAGUGAAAGCCCGUACAAAAGGCCUUCAUCGCAGGCUUCCACAUUACCAAGUUUUCCAUCCCUGACGUAUGCCAAUGGUAUACCAAGUUUAAUAUGUAAAAUCGAUUUAAAUAGAAUUCCCCACAUACCCCAAUCGUCGAGGGGACAGGAGCUCAGAGAGAGAACUGAGUUGCCUGACACAAGGCCACCAUCACGACAAUCUAAUGUUAAAACAGAGCGUCCACCAACACCUGAAGAGGGCGAAAUUGUUGAUACAGUGUCACCAACGGACUACAGAACUCACGGUGAUAACAAUGAGAUUGAUGAUAAAGUUAAACGUACAAUUAAAAGUGAUAAUGAUAGUAAAAAUAGAGCGGGUCCCAGUGGUAGUGGUACAAGUGGUGCUAGUGGAUUGAACGGUAAUGCACCUAAACGAAAACGUAAUCCAAGUUGUAGUUCUGUUUCGAGUGUUAGUGUUUGUUCGGUUGAGUCUAAAGUUAAGUCUGAGCACAAGGAGAAGAAGAAGAGGAAACGGAAACACGGGGACAAGGAGGCGGCAACGGGGAGACCUGCUUCACGACAGAAUGAUGCACAACCAACUAAUCACGAACGGGAAGACAAGCCUGAUAUUCACCUGCUGCCACCACCGGCAGCGCCACCCCAGAGGGUAUUCUUCUCCUACUUCAAUCCCCUGAAUGAAGUUCAAGAGGACCAGGUUCGGGACCAAAAUCAGUACCUGACAGAAGCUAAAAGAUUGAAGCACAGUGCAGACCAAGAGUGUGAAUUAACAGCCCAGGGUAUGUUGUACUUGGAGGCAGUCCUGUACUUCCUUUUAACCGGUCAUGCUAUGGAGUCCGAUCCCGUAACUGACAGGGCCUCCUUCACCAUGUACAAGGACACACUCAGUCUCAUCAAGUACAUCUCUUCCAAAUUCAAGAGCCAACAGAACAAUUCACCCGAGAGUAGUAUACACAACAAGUUGGCGAUCUUGAGUUUAUGGUGCCAGUCCCUUAUUUACUUGAAACUCUUCAAAAUGAGGAAAAAUGAAACCAAAGAGAUUCAGAAGAUCGUUGGUGAUUAUCAUCAAAAGCCAACACAGCCAACUGUUGUACAGCCUGAGGGCCAAGGUACUCCCUCUCUCUCGCCCACCCCAUCGCCAGCAGGCUCGGUUGGGUCAGUUGGUAGUCAGAGCUCGGGUUACAGCAGUGGUGAAUUAGCAAAUCGUGGGGCUGCAACUGGACAACCACCAGCAGCAAUGUACGUCAGUGUUCCAUUAAAUGUUCAUUCGGCUAUGCAGAAAUUGACUCAUCAGUUUUCAUUACUUAUGAGUUGCCAUGAACUUUGGGAUCAGGCUAAUGCACUUGUGACUGAUAAGCAUCGCGAAUUUUUCGUCGAAUUGGAUGAGAAACUCGGUCCCCUAACAUUGAAGAGCUCCCUGCGAGACCUAGUGCGUUACGUGCAAGCUGGAAUAAAGAAACUACGAGCCCUCUGACCCCAGUGGCACAGUCCCAGGCCGCCCACUCCCAACUACAUAACGGCUCUCCCUCACAACAUGACAACGUAUCCCACAAUGUUCACGUAGCCGUCGUCACGUGUAUCAACUCGCUGCAAGGGCAAUAAUUAAUUCAACUAGUUUUCUACAAAAGGGAAGGGAGGGAAUGGUAACGAAUAAGCUGGGUGGUAGGGACGCGAGGAAAGUCAUCCCAUAUUUAUCAAAUUGAACAAUAGAAGAGGGAAGAAAAAUCCUGAAUUAAUGCCGAGGAGUUUGUUGACCAGUCUCAUGACAUUGUCAAUAUGGAUUGUCAAUAAUAACUCGAGUUCAGGUUCGUAAUUCAUUCUGCUAAUGAUUGAGAGCACGUUACUUAGUCUUACUGAGCAAUUUCAAACAUUAAAAAGUGCAUGAGACUGCGAUGUGAUGAAUUUACAUAAUACUGAAGGUAUCAUUGAUCGGUAGGCCUCGAUAUUUUUUCCCCCAUCCACCCUCAGAGAACCAAAAUCCAACGUGUCCUGCUUUUGUAAAAUGUGCAUAGAUGAAAAUUAAAUAAACCUAGUGGUGCUGUCCAUUGAGUGAACUUGGCACUACCCAAGUAUUCUCGAUGAUUGAUAGAUAGAGGGAAAAUUAAACUCGACUCAUGCGCACUGAAAUAGCGCCCACAGAAUUAUAAAUAGUUUAUUUACGUAUAGACGAAUUAUAUUAAAAACAAACAUCAGAUAGAACUAAUGUUAAACGUAAAAUUUAAUAAAUUAUUAAUAUAAUCUGUAUAUGAGCGCUCUUGCCCUCCUGUUAUUUGUGUGUGUGGGGGGGAAAAAUUGACAGAUUAUUCAAUUGACCGCGUAUGCCUACCGAUUGUACAUUUUAAAUACGAUAAAUCGCGGAUGGAACAAUUUUUUGUAGGUAAGAUUUAAAAAAAUCAGUAAUGAGAAUAAUUUAACUAUUAAAUUAUCAAAAAUACAAAAGGAAAAAAAAUGAAAAAAAAAUCAAUACAUAUUCUUUACAUUACCUAGUUGAUAUUGGGGGAAAACUAGAGGUUUUAGUGAAUCAAUCGAAUAUAAAUGCGAGAGAAAUACCGAAACAGUAGAUUUAAUUGUGAUUGAGAGAUUCGAAGUUUUAUUAAUGAGUAAAAAAAAUAUGAAAACAAGAAAACAAGUAAGAAGUAAGUUGCUCAUGUGUAUAUUUUUGUAAAUAGGUAUUGUGAGUGCCGCCGCCUUGAGGGAAGAGUUCUCUGAAAAAUUGUCAGUUAAUUGCGAUUCAAAGAGUCUCUUGUCCGCCCCAAAUUUUUGCUACCAUAUGUCUUACCGAAAUGAAAGAAAAUAAAUGAAUUAAGAGAUGAAAUAAAACGUUUUAAAAUUAUACCAGAUUAUUAUCUGGCGCAGAAUGAUAACACCAGUCCACCGAAUGUUGUUUUUCCUUUUUUUUAAACGAUUAUUUGGAGAUUUCUCUCAGCCACGAGGAGGAGAAAUAGUCGAUAAUUACUUCCUUUCUUGCUUGUUUUCGUUAAUUAUCUCAUUCUCAAAAUCCAUGAGUGUUUAUAUGACUAAAGUGAAUGUAUCAAAAUUUUUCGUAUUGAAAAAAAAAUAUCGAGGAAUGAGUUUUUAGAAAGUUGUGAGCUAGGAUGAGGAGGUGAAAGUUGUGCUCCAGGUGAGAUAGCAGUGAGUUGAAGUUAAACUGGAGACGAAGAGAAUGAUUCUUUUAAUUAUCAGCAAUUUGAAUGGUGGAAUCACUCGAGGAGGGCCCACAGGCCCUAAACGUUUUUCCAUGCGGUCCAAUGGUUCACGGGAUACAAUUUUCUAUUCGCAACUGUGGAACAAUGUCGUAUGUAACAAGAAACAAAUUCACGAAACAAAAUUAGGAGAUUUUUUCAUAUUUUAGACGAGUAUUUAUAAACGAUUUAACAAAUCAUUAGGAAAUAUCAGGCCCCAGCCCCACUUGAGUGACUUCCACACUUGAAUAAUUAUGGAUCAUGAAAAAUUCUCGAGGAAUGGCAAUAAAAAGAAGUGAGCAAAUCAUCCUCAUGAUAUUUUAAAGAAUUUAUUUAGUCCCCAUGAAAUGGGAUUUUUGAACCUGAAAUUAAUAAAAUAGUCGUGAUACAGCCAAUUGUUUUUUAAUCGAAUCGAUCAAAAGGUUUUUUUGUGAGAAUCAAAACGACUAAAUUCCAAUCGUGGUUGAGAGAACAGAGAGGGAAUGCGUGGAGAGUUCAAUCAAUUUGUAUUUAAUCAUCAGAUAAGCAGUAGAAAUGACGUAAAAACGAAUGAUUUUGAUCGAUAAAGAAUUGAUCAAUUCUCUUAAUCAAUUGACUGCUGUUUAUUUCGUUAAAUUAUAAUUUCUUUCUCUCGAGCCUUUACCCAUUACAUCAUAAAUGUAAUAUAUUUAUACAUACAUAUAUAUGUACACAUGGAAGAAGAAGGGAAAAUCUUAUUAUAUUAUUAUCAUAUUAUAUUACAUUACUAUUCAUAUGAUUGCUAUAUUAUUUUAUUAUAUUCGUACCGAACUACUAUACAUAUAUGUCUAUUUCCGAUAAAUGUGUCACUGGAGCUAAAAAUAGUUUCUGUCCUUACGUUCGUUCCAAAAACUAAUAACUAAUAGUCGAAUCAACAAUUCUUUCAAAUCCACUUGUAAACGGGUCUAUCCAAUUUUCAUUGAUUGAAUGAUUUUUUUUCUUUCGUUUAUCCUCAAAAAAAAUUGGUGCUCAAUAAUGAAUUGAUAAUGUUUUCUUCCCCCUGACGAUGGAUUUCAAUUAGUCUUCAUUUUAUUUUCUCCAUAAUUUGUGCUUGACAGAGCCAAUUACGAUUCAUCACAUUAACUGCACGCAAUUGUUUAAAUUAAAUGAAUGAAUAAAUGAUUGAAAUCGGCCAUACGGACAAAAUCAGCACACACAGAUACAUUAAUUAUCUAAAAAACGUAAAUUUUUGUUGGCAAGUGUGAGGUUGACGUCAACUCAACAGCAGCGGAAAUUAAAAAAUUGAUGAAAGUGAGAUGAUAGAGAUUACGACAGAGUGAAAGAUUGAGGAAAUGAAAGAAUAAUGGGAGUGAAGGGCAACAGCACCAAGGAAUGACCAAACUCGCUUAAUGAGACAAAUGAUGAAAAAAAAGAAAACGAAAAAACAACUUAAUUACUCGCUUUUUAUUUAUUUUAUUAUCAUUAAUUAUUCAUAUUAAUUAUUAUAUUUAUUGGUGUGAAGGCUGGAUGAGUUCAACAGCUGAGCCACCUCUCCGAUGCAGUGAAACAAUAAAUUUUGUUAGUGAAAUUA